CGGCCAGCGACGCACCCAACGCACACGAAGCCGAUUCCGAUUCGAAACCGCCCCCGACGACAGACAGAGACCAGCCAAACAAACCACCUGCAAGGAGCCACAGCGUUCCGUUCGGUCCGGUCCGUACUGUACAACACCAACACAAACACAAGUUACUGUGCAUACAGUCCCGCAGCCGGCCUGAUCUCGUUUGACUCGGCCAUGGGCCUCCGCGACCUCCUCAAGAAGAAGCCGGGGCUUGACGACGACGACGGCGACGAUCACGGCCACGGACAAGGCCACGGCUCGCGCCUCGCCACGCCCGAGUUCACGUUUGUCCGCUCCGACACAUACACGGAGGAGGUCAUCCACCCGCCCGGCGCACCGCCCGGCAGCGGCCCCGACGGCGACGAUGCCUCGUCGUACCUGACAGUCGACUCCAAGUCGGGCAGCAAGUCGCGCCUCAGCGGCGUCUUCCGCAGCAGCGCCCGCAGCCGUAGCGAGUCCGUGUCGAGCAGCAAGAGCGCCUCGACCGGGGGCAAGCGCCUGUCGCAGCGCCUGCACCUGAGCCGCAGCCCCGCCAGCUCCGAGAACGUACCCGAAGACCUGCCCGAGAUUAGGCUGCCCGCCGGCGCCGACAAUGACGAGGGCACCGAGCUGCAGUGGGAGGAGCGCGCCACCAUCCUGGCCCGCAAGAACGAGGAGAACCGCAGCCGCCCGGCCUCGCCCACCCGCGGCGUCAACUACGACCUCGCGCACUUGCGCAUGGGUGGCGGCGACGGGUCGAGCGAGGAAGCCCCGCCCUCGAUCCCCGGCCCCCAGAAGGGCGUCGUGUCUUCCAAGGCCAUCGACGAGGACAUCCAGGAAGCCAUCCGCCUUCACGAGGCCGGCAUGCUGGAAGAGUCGACGGCGCUAUUUGGCCGGCUCGCGGAUCCCAAGGGCGCCAACAACCCGCUGAGCCAGGUUUUGUACGGGCUCGCUCUCAGGCACGGAUGGGGAUGCACCCCCGACGCGGCGGCGGCCGUCAAGUACCUCUCUGCUGCGGCGUCAAACGCCGCCGAGAUCGAGCAGCUCGCGCUGCAGGCGGGUCUGAAGAAGGGAGGAGCGGCCAAGGGCGAGCUCGUCCUGGCCAUCUUCGAAUUGGCGAAUUGCUUUCGCCACGGCUGGGGGAUUCCUAAGGACCCAAUCGCCGCAAAGCAGUACUACGAGACGGCCGCAAACCUGGGAGACACUGACGCAAUGAACGAGGUCGCGUGGUGCUAUCUCGAGGGAUAUGGGACCAAAAAAGACAAGUUCGCCGCCGCGAGAUAUUAUCGCCUGGCCGAGAAGAACGGGAACAAGAUCAUUGGCAACACCUGGUAAGCCAUUUUAGAUCCAACGUACCUCCAUGUUUCUGUGGGGUCGUCCUGAGAGACAAGAGACUCCAUCUCGUGUCGGCCGUUGAAGAUAACUCGCGAGCCUAUCUUAGUCCCCCCUCCCCUGCAAUGCAUUCAAAGUGCAUGCAUGCAUGUAUGACAGCUUUCCCCACGUCCACAAGCUUCUUCGUC